GUUCCAGUCGAUCGCGGCAGUCGAGUGAGUCCGGCUGCAAGGUGAUGAAGCUCCAUGAUGACUUCGCCACGGAAUCACCUCGGAGCCCUUCUUGUCCUCUGGCUAUUGGAGUUCUCACUGGUGAUUAGCCAGUCCAACACUGGCAAUGUGCUGAACGAUUUGCUCGAGAUCUAUCGUCGCGGCCAGGCGCAAUUGGAUCUGGAGAAUCUGGAUGAGGGUCAGGCCAUAUCGGCGAAAUAUGAUUUUAUAGUGGUUGGAGCCGGCACAGCCGGAUGUGCCCUGGCCGCGCGACUCUCCGAGAAUCCACGGUGGCGAGUGCUGCUCCUGGAGGCCGGUGGUCCCGAGAACUACGCCAUGGACAUACCCAUUGUGGCGCAUCUCCUGCAGCUGGGCGAGGUCAACUGGAAGUACAAGACAGAGCCAUCGAAUAGCUAUUGCCUGGCCAUGAACGACAAUCGAUGCAAUUGGCCCAGGGGCAAGGUGAUGGGGGGCAGCUCGGUGCUCAACUACAUGAUGUACACCAGAGGCAAUCGCAGGGAUUACGAUCGCUGGGCAAGUCUGGGUAAUCCGGGCUGGAGUUACGAGGAGGUAUUGCCCUAUUUCAGGAAGUACGAGGGCAGCGUGGUGCCGGAUGCCGAUGAGAAUCUGGUGGGACGCAAUGGUCCGGUGAAGGUGAGCUACUCGGCGACGAGGACUCGGAUCGCAGACGCCUUUGUGCGGGCCUCACAGGAUGCGGGAUUGCCGCAAGGGGACUACAAUGGAGAGAAGCAGAUUCGUGUGUCCUAUCUGCAGGCGAAUAUCUACAAUGAGACCCGUUGGAGCUCCAACCGGGCGUAUCUUUAUCCCAUCAAAGGAAAGCGUCGAAAUUUGCAUGUGAAAAAGAACGCCUUGGUUACCAAGAUCUGUAUUGAUCCGCAGACGAAAACGGCUUACGGUAUAAUUGUCAAAAUAGAUGGCAAAAUGCAAAAGAUUCUGGCCAAAAAGGAGGUCAUCCUUUCGGCGGGUGCCAUCAAUACACCCCAACUACUGAUGCUCUCCGGCGUGGGACCCGCUAAACAUCUGCGGGAGAUGGGCAUAAAGCCACUGGCCGACCUGGCCGUUGGCUAUAAUCUCCAGGAUCACAUAGCUCCGGCUAUCAGCGUCUUGUGCAACGAAAGUUCCCUGCAAAUUAGCGAGAUGUUCCGUUCGGAGGCAAUGGCAGAUUUCCUGAAAGGACGCGGAGUGCUCCGCAUACCGGGUGGAGUGGAGGCCAUAUCAUUCUAUGCCCUGGACGAUACCCGUAAUCCCGAUGGCUGGGCCGAUAUGGAGCUCUUUGUGGUGGGCGGUGGAUUGCAAACGAAUUUGGCCCUACGUCUGGCGUUGGGCAUCCAAUCGAACAUCUAUGAGACCAUGUUUGGCGAACUGGAACGCCAGAGUGCCAAUGGCUUCAUGAUAUUCCCCAUGAUUCUGCGCGCCAAGAGUCGCGGGCGCAUCAAACUGAACAGUCGCAAUCCCGAGGAGCAUCCAAGGAUCUAUGCCAAUUACUUCUCGAAUCCCUAUGACUUGAACAUCACGGUUCGGGGAAUCGAACAGGCAGUGAGUUUACUGGACAUGUCCGCAUUCAAGGCAAUCGGCGCUCGUUUGUUCGAGAAGAGGAUACCCAAUUGUGCGAAACACAAGUGGAGGAGCAGCGCCUAUUGGGCCUGUUAUGCCCGACACUUCACCUUCACCAUUUAUCACUAUUCGGGAACCGCCAAGAUGGGUCCUCGAUCGGAUCCCUCGGCGGUGGUGGAUGCCCGACUGCGGGUCCAUGGAAUCGAUAGGCUCCGGGUUGUGGAUGCCAGCAUUAUGCCCUAUUUGAUCUCGGGCCAUCCUAAUGGACCGGUCUACCUAAUAGCUGAAAAGGCAGCCGACAUGAUAAAGGAGGAUCAUAACUUCGUAUAGGGCACGCCUAUGUUUUCUUAAAUGAAAAAGCCAACUAUGAGUAACACUUAUCAAUCAGCGGAUGCGUUAUCUUAAGAAAUGUAUAUACCAUUAAUUUUUUGAGUGAUUUCUAGUGAAUUAAAGACGAUACAAUACAGUACAAA